GUCGAUUGCGACAGCAAGCUAAAAUGAAAACUGAGACUAGACUAUUCUCAACACAACUCAGCCUCCAGAGGCAGGUGCGUAUGCUACUUGAGCUUCAAGUUUUUAUUGGAGCGUAGUCCCACUUUCUCCCGGCAGAGGGAGACAGAGCGACGGGGGAUACUUGGGCUAUCCGCCCUUGUCUGCAGUUGAGGCGCGGGAGCAUCCCUCUCCCUCUCCAUCCACAGGCGCGCGGCAGGUCCUGCUCAGAAUUCGCGAUGUCGCCCAGGGAAGCACGGAAUCUUCUCGCUCUCUACGUUCUACUAAGUGCCUUAUGCCCCCUACUCCCAGCCAGCAAGCCCCCGCAGCCUCGCAACGUGAAGCUGACCAAGGUGGACAAGGGCCUGCAGGUCACAUGGGACCCUCCCAACCAAUUGGACGGCCGGCCUGUGGAGCGCUACAACAUCGGCUACGGCAAGUCCAUGAGGUCACUACGCUUCAUCAGCGUGGCGGCGAACCAGCGCUCUGAGAUCCUGGAGGAUGUGGGUGCAGAGUUUGCCAAGCUGGACGGCUUUGCUGUGGAGAACUCGAAUCGCAGGAACUCCUCCGCAGGGAGGUUUGGGAGUGCUCACUCAUCGCCUCUGCUGAGGUCUACCAGGCCCCUGAGGGCCCCCCAGUCGUCGUCGGGGCCCCGCCAGCCAGUGAGGCCCGUGAGAGGGGGCCAGAGGCAGCCGCAAGCCCAAACGGUCACCAGCCACCGGGUGGACGUCUCACAGCCACAGGCCGACCAGCGCAACCAGAACAAGGCCAAGCUCGCCUCUGAGUCCGUCUAUGUGGUAUCACUGCAGGCACAGAGGGCCCUCGGACGCAGCGCACCCGUCAAUAAGGCCAUCCCCAACACAAAACACACACCAGAGCCAGUGGAGGUGGAGGAGGCGGAGGACAUCACGGUGCGGGUCAUGUCCCCCCAGGCGGUGCUCAUCACCUGGGUCGACCCCCUCAUCGAGAGGAAGAGGAAGAGCGUGCCCGAGGGAGCCAGGCAAUACACGGUGCGGUACCGCGAGAAGGGCGAGUCUGCACGCUGGGAGUACCGGGACACGACUCAGCGGCGCCUCACGGUGGAGACUCUGGCCGCUGACAGCAUGUACGAGUUCUCCGUGCGCAUCUCCACCAGGGAAAACCAGGGCAAGUGGAGCACCUCCGUAUUCCAGAGGACGCCCGAGUCAGCUCCUGCAGGACCUCCAGAGAACUUCCAGGUGAAGCCGCUGAGGGGGAAGGGGACCGCCGUCACGGCAACCUGGGACCCCCCUGAAGAGCCCAACGGCAGGAUUCGAGAGUAUAUCCUGUCCUACACCCCGGCACUGAAGCCCUUCGGAGCCAAGUCUGUCACGUAUCGUGGCAGCACCACAUCAGCCACUGUUGAUGGACUGCAGCCCGGCGAGCGCUACAUCUUCAAGAUCCGUGCUGUCAACCGCAGAGGCCAAGGACCACAGACUAAAGCCUUCAGUGUGGCUAUGCCAACCAGCACUUCAGCUUCGUCAUCCAGUCAUCCCUCCAGGACAUUGGACAGACACAAGCCCAGCAUCGUCGCAACAGAUGCGCCAAAGGACGACUACAACUAUGACGACUAUGACCAGGAAACCACUACACCGGUGACGUCUGCGCCAGAGACUCGGCCGACGACGGCCUCUCCGACGGCUAGCCGACGGACAAGGCCACUUACCCAGACCAGAUCCUACCACAGCAUCUUCGACUCCGUCAGGGGUUCGUCCAGGGGUCAAGGGUCAAGCCGACCCAGGGGGCGUGGUGGAGAUAGAACUGCGGAUGAGGAGACACCCAUCAAUGCCCCUGAACAGGAAGAAGAGACGGCUGUGAACGAGGCAACGGAAGAGGAGGAGGAGAGCAAGCACACAGACUCAGAUCCGCACAGCCGUGGAACACCGUCCAAGUCUGGCCAACACCAGGACUACCCUAAAACACCCUCGACAUCAGAUGAUCACCUGGACUCAGGCACGCCAGAUCAUAGAACACCCUCCAAAGCAGGACAUGAUUUAGAUCACACACAACAUCACAUAAAGCCUUCUAGCCCAGACCAUAGGCAGGAUACUGGAGACACAGACACACAUAGCAGUGACAGAACACUCUCAGAGUCAGAAGAUCACCCACAUUACACACGUGGCCACAAAACACCCCUCAAGACACCCUUUAAAACACCAUCAGUACAGAAGCCGGACCACAGUAAGCCUUCAAUAAGUUCAUCAGCAGAUAGAAACACGUCUCCCUCACGGAGUGAAGAUGAGGAGAACCAGGAGUCUCCUCGUCCCCGAGGGGAUUCACACCAUCGCUCCUCUACAAAUCAAGGGUCUCCUAGACGAAGAGGUGACUCUAACCAUCGCCCCUCCACAGACCAGGAUUCCUCACGAUCGAGAGGUGACUCUAACCGCAGUCCCUCCACAGAUCAGGGUUCUUCUCGAUCGAGAGGUAACUCUAACCGCAGUCCCUCUACAGACCAGGAUUCUUCUCCAUCGAGAGGUGACUCCAGCCAUCUCCCCUCCACACACCAGGAAUCUUCUCGACAGAGAGGGGACUCUAAUCAUCAACCCAAUACAGAACAGGAAUCCUCACAAUCGACAGUGGAUUCUAACCAUUAUCCCUCCACAGAUCAGGAGUCGUCACAAACAAGCGGGGACACAAACCAUCACCCCUCAACAGCCCAGGAAUCUUCCCCAUCGAGAGGGGGCACAAGCCAUCGUCCAUCCACCGACCAGGACCCUUCACGACCAGGAGGGAAUUCUCCCCGCCGCACCUCCAAUGGCCAGGCUUCAGGAUAUCCCAGGAGGCCAUUUACACGAAACCCUGUUGUCCGGUCUAGGGUGCGCAAUGGUGGGUCCUCCUCUUCCUCCCCCUCCUCUUCCUCCCCCUCCUCCUCCUCCCCCUCCUCUUUCUCCCCUUCCUCUCCAUCAACCUCAUCUAAUGCAUCACCUUCAGCCCCAGAGUCUGUUGAUGUACGAAGGGACAGCAACACGGCUGGAUAUCCAGACAAAAAGGACACACAAACAGGAGCAUCUGCAAGCACACACACAAAACCCACACCCAAAGACACCAGACCAGAGGAAGAAUCCUCGUCCUCUACAUCUUCGUCCUCAUCCUCUUCCUCUUCUUCUCCCUCAACCUCUUCUACCUCAUCCUCUUCUCCGCCUGACUCCUCCACCUCCAGUUCUUCAUCCUCAUCCUCUUCAUCACCCUCCUCCAGGUCUGGUCAAUCUGUGAACACUCAAACUGGCUCAUCCACGGGUCGUUUCACUGGUUCCGGUUCAGUUAUGCUUAACGGUAGAAAGGUCAGCCUGCCCUCCAGAUGGAGCCAUAUCCUUGCUAAUAGGCGCAAACCAGGUGCAGGGUCAGCGUCCACGCCAUCUUCCACUGGGUCUCAGUCAACACCACACGGACAAAGUCCUAAAAAAGUGAGUCCCACCUCCUCAGACAGCCAGAGCACUGACAAAGCAGACUCCCCAACUCAAAGUAUCCAAGACACUAUAAAUCCACAAGAUAGUGAUGGGGAAAAUCACCAGGGUACACAUAGUCAGACAAACAAAGCUGAGGAGCCAGCAGCCGGUUAUGAAACAGGCGGCUCGCAUUCCUCCAUGGUGAAGGAGGAUGCUGAUGCCAAAGCAGAGGAAGAUGAGGAGGACAAUAAACAAGGCAGCAGUUCUGCGUCCUCAACGCAACAACAGUCACCAUCCGUUAGCUCCUCUCUUCCCGGCAGAGGCGUAAUGCCAGCAGAGACAAGUCGGGAUUCCAGACCUGGAGUUGUGCAUCGUUACCCACCGAGACAAGAUGGCAGGGUUCCGUGGAGUAGAACAAGCUCCUCGUCUGUGGGGAACCGGAGGCCAAUUGUAAGAGGAACGCCCUCUCGUUCUGGAGUUUCUGAAACUGUGGAUAGUGGGGACAAAACAAGGACAGCCUCUUCAUUGUACCCUUCAAAGCACAAGGUGGACGAUACCACCCCUAUCAAGCCCUCAGUCCAAAACAACAGGGACAGUGUUUCCCCCAUGUCUCCCCAGCCCCCCAGCACAAGGACAGAAGCACACACACCCAAACAGAUUGAUAAUGACCAUGAGGAGGACGAUGAUUAUGAUUAUGACGACUAUAGUUAUGACAAAGUGGCCGAGCCAACAGCAGCACCUAAGACAACUACCUCAACUACUACAACGACCACAACUACUACUGCUGCUCCCACCACCACUGUUCGUUUUGUACAGAACGCUGGUGAUAUCAGUGACCGAAGGACCAGGCUACAUUCGGGUCAUACUGAUUCCCGUCGACCCUUCCAGGGUUCAAACGGAAGGGUACGAUCCCCUGUUGUGUCGUCAAACAGACACGGUGGGUCUAGGUUUGCUGGCAGGCUAUCACCAGUGCAGCAUACAAAAGUGGGAUCAGAUCCAGAGUCUUCGUCCUCACACUCCUCCGCAGCUGCCUCCUCUUACCCCUCUCACUCUUCCCGCAUGGUUCGUAAGCCAUCACAGGAAGACGCUUCAGACGGACGGACUUCGUCCUCAGGCUCAGAAUCGCAUUCGUUGGGCAGGCAGACUCCUGGAGGGGAGAACUCCCCCGUCGUGCGGAGUGCUGUGGCUGGUUCCAGGUUACGGAACCCGAGCCGGCCUGAUAACUCAUUCAGAGGAAAACCUCCAGUCAAUGGCUUCAAGCCCGGCAAUGGACAAGCUGGGAAGAAUGGACGGCCAAAUCUAACAACAUCGAAUGGGAAGAUCACGUCCAAGGGUCGCAAAUACAUCACUGGACCUGAUGGAAAUACAUGGGUGGUGGACCUGGACAAGGGUGUCCUGAUGAACCACGAGGGGAAGGUGCUGAAGGACUCCCAGGGCCAUCCUCACCGGGUGGUCCUCGGGGGAGAUGGACGCACUGUGUUCGAUUUGCAGGGCACGCCGCUGGUCAACCAGGAUGGUGUGGCCCUGUUUGGUAGUGGACGGGACUCCGGCAGGCCCCCCAAAACCACAACCACCACUACUACCACCACCACCACCACCACCACACCAGAGCCCACCACCGUCCCCACCACCACGGAGAUGACCACGGAGCUGACGCCCACGUGUCCGCCCGGCCACUUCUUUGCCAUGGACGAGCAGGGCCAACCCAUGCUCAAUGACUACGGAGUGCUCGACUGCUACCCUGAAGAUGAGUUUGUUGUUGAGACCACCACGGAACCGAGCACCACUCCAGUUCCGACCACCACCACCCUUCCCACACCGUCCCCAGACACACGGCCCUUCAACUCCAGCCCCUCCUCAGAGUUCGACCUGGCCGGCAAGAAACGCUUCACAGCGCCUUACGUGAACUUCAUCCAGAAGGACCCCGGGGCCCCCUGCUCGCUGACGGAGGCCCUGGAGUACCUGCAGGUGGACGUGCUGGAGGGCCUAAUGAAGAAGGAGGGGGCCCCGGCCGCCCAGAACGGGCCCCCCAAGAACAAGCCCCACAACCUCACCGUGGUGGCCAUGGAGGGCUGCCACUCCUUCGUCAUCAUCGACUGGGACCGGCCCCUUCCGGACGACUCUGUUUCAGGUUACAUGGUCCACAGUGCGUCCUAUGACGACGUCCUGAACAACAGGUGGUCCACCAGCCCCUCCACAGGCACGCAUCUACCGGUGGAGAACCUCAAGCCCAACUCAAGGUAUUACUUUAAGAUCCAGGCCAAGAACGUAUUUGGACUGGGUCCAGUGAGUGACACGCUGGUUUACGUCACAGAGUCAGAUGAUCCUCUACUUAUCGACAGACCUCCAGGUGGCGAGCCCAUCUGGAUUUCCUACAAGUUCCGCUUUAACCCCGCCCACAGCUCCUGCAAGGGAAGUCAGUUUGUGAAGCGCACCUGGUACAGGAAGUUUGUGGGCGUGGUCUUGUGCAACUCGCUGCGCUACAAGAUCUUCAUGGCGGAUGGACUCAGAGACACGUUCUACAGCGUAGCGGACUCCUUUGGCUACGGAGAAGACCACUGCCAGUUCGUCGAUUCCCAUCUGGAUGGUAGGACGGGCCCACACAGUUUGGCCACCUACCUGCCAGCAGCACAAGGUUACUACCGCUCCUACAGGCAGGAGCCAGUGAGCUUUGGCCGCAUCGGGAGGAAUUCGCCCCACAACUUCGUCGGCUGGUACGAGUGCGGCGUUCCCAUCCCGGGGAAAUGGUAACGGAUGGGUCAGGGGUCAUCGCCCAACCGCCGGCAGCCGUCCCCUCCGUCCGCCUCCUGCUGCAUUAACUCCUCUGGAAGCCAGAGAGAUUAUGAACUCUUGCUCACCAUGGCAACCAUAAACAAACAAACCAAAACAAACAAACAAACAUAUUACUGCUUGUGACAAAAAGAGAACAUAAUACAUUUUUAAAGCAACACUAAUACUUCUGUGUAUCCUGUACUCAAGCACUUGAGGUUAAUCGUCUGUAUAUGAGGAAAAUUUGGGAAGCAUGUGUCAACCUGUUCCUGUGGGUGACUUGGGACAGAAUGGGUCGUUAUUCAAUGUGGUUUGGGGAUAAUUUAUAUGACAAAUCACAACUCAUGCAAUUCAACUGAAGGGAAUAUCAAGGCACAAGCAAUGCCUCUGAUAUUGUGGGAAUCCUUGCCCCAAACCAAAGGUUUAAACCACAAAAGAGAAAGAGAAUUUGUGAUUUUUUUUCCCAAUUCUGUGUUGUUAGUUGGUGGUGUAUUUUAUUUUAUUUUGUCUUUUUACAGAAGUGUUUUUGCUAACUGACCAUUUUUAUAUUCUUUAAUAUUUGUAUCCGUGUAUUUCAAUGAAAGUUGAUGUGGAAGUAAUGCCCAUUUGAGGGCAACUGGUAUCUAUAAAUAAAUGGAGCUCAGGAAUGGAUGUUACUGAAUAAAGGUGCUAAACCAAAGCGACCACUACCCUCCGCCCAUCAUGGACUAUUGAUUCACACCAACCUCUUCUCCUUCAGGUCAACUGAUUCAUUAGCUGACAAUCCAAAUACAUAUUCCAAAUGACCU